AUGCAAAGUAAGCAAAUUAAAAGGUUUGUUAAUUUGUUAAGUUUUUUCUUUCUCUUAGGGGCCGGGUUGUUAACGUUCUUUCUGAUUUUAUCAGGGGCCAGAAGUGGAGGUGUACUAAAGAAUUUUUAUUGGUUACAGGCAGAUACCAAUGGGUUUAAUUCUGCUGCUCCCGUCACAAGGUGGUACAAUUAUGAAUUUUGUGGGUUCAGUAAUGGUAAUACGUUCGAUUGUUCUUCAAAAGGUGCAGCUAAGCCAUUCUCUCCAAGGGACAAUUUUGGUGCAAGUCCUAAUAUGCCCUCAUCUUUCUUGAACAACAGAAACACUUACUAUUACCUAUCUAAGGUAGCAUGGGCAAUGUUGCUGAUUGGGAUGGUAUUCACCAUUUUUACUAUCGUCCCUCAAGCUCUAACUAUUUUUAUGAAUAACAUCCAUACUGAUAAUAUCGCUAUGGCGUUCUCUUGGAUCGCCUUCUUCUUCAUCAUAUUGGCUGCUUGCUUAUACACCGGGUGCUACGUUAAGGCAAGAAAAACUUUCCAUCAUGAUAACAGAAGUGCCAAGAUGGGUGCCAAAAAUUUUGGUUUCAUUUGGGCCUCAGUCGCUUUACUAUUACUGAAUUCUAUUGCUAUUACAGUGGCUUGUGUUCGAAACAGAAAAAGGAGAAAUGACGCAUACUACAAUGAGGAUUACCACACGGAAAAAUCAACAGCUAGUUCAGGUACCAGUGGUGUACGUUUCCCAUUGAUCCGUAAACAUGCAAAGACCACAACAGUAGCUGCUGAUAAUGUCAAUGCGGUUCCACAAGAUCAACCGAUGCUUGCGGAGCAACAAGGGGUUCCAAUUCGAACUGUAGAAGAGCAUACUGUAAUUGCUCAACAGGAAGUUUGA